GCUUUCUUGCCUGACAACCAAGUGAUAUACCAGCGGAUGCUCGUCAUAGUUCUAGAUUACUCCACCUGUGGUGUAUCCGCCGCAAUCAACGGGACAACUCUGCGCUCAAUCUUCUUGGGACCAAAUGGCGACGGCAGCGGCGGUAUUGCGGAGAAAUACAGACAAUGCUCAUACGGCAAGCUCAAACUGAAUACAACAGCAUUCAAAGUAAUAAACGUGAAGGCUGACUGCACAGACGGGGUCGUGCAGUCAUGCAAUUGGUUGAACAUGGGCCGGACUGGCGAUACCGGAGCGAAGGCGUUGCUAGGAAGCACGGCUUUUGCAGAGUUUACCCACUUUGCGUACAUACCUCCUCCACAAGUGCCUUGUGGCUGGGUCGACUUUGGCUAUGCGGUCUUACCUGGAAAUAGAAUCUGGCUAUCGAGCAAGAAAGAUGGCGUGUACAACUGGGCCACAGUCAUGGAGAAGUCCCUCCAUAACUACGGCCUUUGGCACUCCUGGAAGGAUGGCAUUGAGUACAAUGACGAGACGACUGUGAUGGGCAGGGGGCUCACCUGCCCCAAUGCUGCCGAGCUGGCAUACCUGGGCUGGGCCACACCCGCACCAGGCGGUGAUCGUAUUGACUCCACACGACUGCGUGUAGGAGCCACCCUCACCUUCAGCCUGCCCGCCACCUACCUAUCCCCGGACGGAAACUACCUCCGGGUCGUUCCCGACUGGCUGCCAUCGUACAGCAACAAAACCCUGGCCAAGAACCUGUACAUCGCCGUCCGAGUCAACAAGGGCGGCGAUGCUCUGCUGGAUAAGACAUUGUACGCAAACAGGGUGCAUAUCCACGAACUUAACGCGGCGAAGGAUAAUGCAUUUCCGGAGCUUGACCUUUACUUAGACCGCAAAAUUUCCUACCUCACAGCCAUCACACCUCUUAGUCAAGUGACGUUGACAACAUACAAGCUUGUCGUGUACGGCGGAUCCUGGGUGGGUACGGACGUCCUCAGGGUGCACCUCUGCCACUACAAGUCUUCACCCCAAGACUGCCCCUCCGUUCAGUUCCUUGAGCUGAGCCCUCCACCGCCGAGUCCGCAGCCAUCACCGCCGCCGCCGAAGCCGUCGAGCAAGCAAGUGGGCCCGGUAAAACCCCGGAAGCGGCCCCCGCGC